AUUCAAAUUAUACAAGCUUUAUAACAUGGAAGCAGGCUGAGAGAUUAGGUUACACAAAACCAUACCGUACCACACCCAAUGACUGGACAGAAAAUCUGCAUUUACAAUCAGAUAAUUACACAUUUGAGGUUGGAGUGGACUCAAACUGUGACACUUACCCUGAAGAUCGAUACUGUAAUGGACCCUUGCCAGGAGGAAAAAGUGUUAUCAUUUCUGUGGUCGUCUGUACAAAGGCAGGCUGUGAUUACGUUCAAGCUGAAGACAUUUUUGUCAUUAAAAAGUUAAUAUUUCUUGUCACUGUUGUUUUGCUGUAUUUAGUAUUUCUAGUCACAGUUUGUUUUGCUCUAUUUAGUAUAUCUAGUCACAGUUUGCCAAUUAAAAUGCGAGUCUUUGAAGAACGUGUCAAAAAGCUACACAAGGAUUCAAACCUUUUAAUGCAAAGUGAAUUUGAGGACAUAAAAGCAAUAUGUAAGACCUUCAAGAGCUCCUGCAGUGAGGCCCAGCGAGAGGCAAAUAGAGUUAAAAACAGAUAUGUGGAUAUUCUCCCUUAUGAUCACAGCCGUGUCAAGCUGAAUGUGCUGCCAGAAGAUGAGGAAACAAAUGAUUUUAUCAAUGCUAAUUACAUCCCGGGUCUCAACUCUGUGAGGGAGUACAUUGCCACACAAGGUCCCAUGCAGUGCACCAUUUCUGAUUUCUGGCGAAUGAUCUGGGAGCAAAAGUGUCAGAUCAUUGUCAUGGUGUCAGAUUUGCAAGAGAAUGGAAGGGGAAUGGAAACACGUAAAGUGACCCAGUUUUUCCUGCCUGGCUGGUGUGACUUUAGUGCCAACGUGAGUUUUGAUGAUGUUCUGGAGUUGGUACAGAUAAUGAGACAGGAAGUCACACCAGACACCUCUGGUCCUAUCACAGUCCACUGCAGUGCUGGUGUUGGGCGUACAGGUACUUUUAUAGCCUUGGACUACUUCAUGCAGUACGUACAUGAGCACAGCCUUGACGACGAUGUUGACAUUUAUGACUACGUCUUGAAAAUGCGAAGAAACAGACCUCGAAUGGUCCAGGCAGAGAGUCAGUACAUAUUUAUUUAUGAUGCUGUGCAAGAAAUGAUCAAGAAAAAGAUCCAACAGGAGAAUGAAAGAUUGUAUAAUUCAGUGAACUCUGAAAGCAGUGCCAGUUUGGUUGAAAGAGAGCCAAAUGAAAACAGCUAUGUAGACAUCCAGCUUGAUGAAGAGAAAUGUGCCUACAUCAAUGAAGCCUUUG